GAGAAUAGCGACGACGAGACGACUUCGACGCUUAUAGGAGAUAACGACCUUGCAGCAGCUCUAUCGGGCAGCAAUCCAGCCAGUUUGAUGUAUAUUCCACACGAAGGAAGAUUUGCCCACGAUUCCUCAACGCUCAUAGAGGGACAGUCUGGAGAGGGUGGCUCCAACUCAGCUGCAAAUUUCCUAAACAAGUCUAGAAAGCUGCUGCGCUCGCAAGCUUUAAAUUCGUCGAUCCAGCAGCUACGUUACAAUGAAAAUAAGAUCGCGUUGGAUAGGUCUAUCAACCAGACAAUAGACUUGAUGUAUGAGCUCUCCAAUGAGAACAAAGAAAGACCCAUUUUCUAUCCCACUGAUGUCGAGGACGAAAACAACAUCUUGCUCAACUCAACCAAAGCACACUUGGCCUUGGUGAGAAAUAGCAGCUCGUUGAAGACGAUCAGUAAAGAAAAGAUUCUAGGCGACGACGAUGUAGAUGUAGAGAAGUUGCCUGAGUUCAAGAUCUUGAAAUUGAAUAUCAAAAUCGGCCACAACAGUCUGUCCGCUGAUAACAUUGUUGCCAACUUAGACAAGAAGUCUAUAGCCAAGUUAUUGGAGAAGAAGAUUACCCACCAAGUAAACUACUUGUUGAACUUGAAGGAUAGAAUAGAUGAUACUUCUUCGAAGGUGUUUGUCACAGGAGAUUUGAAUGCUGGAAAGUCGACUUUUUGCAACGCCUUGUUGAGAAGAAAGAUCUUACCGGAAGACCAGCAGCCAUGUACAUCUGUAUUCUGCGAAGUAAUUGAUGCCUCGCGAGAAAAUAGAAGCGUAGAAGAAGUACAUGCGGUUCCUAUUGGUAAAGACUAUAACAUCAGGGACGAGAGCACCUAUGAGAUUCAUCCUUUGAAAGCUUUGGACGAACUCGUCUACGAUUGUGAUAGAUACAGCUUGUUAAAGGUGUAUGUUCUUGACAACCGUUCGUUUCAGGAGAGUUUGCUACACAAUGGCAUUAUAGACAUCAAGUUGAUUGACGCACCGGGCUUGAAUAUGGAUCUGUACCAAACUACUCAGGUGUUUUCGAGACAAGAGGAGAUUGAUUUGGUGGUUUUUGUAGUCAAUUCAGAAAACCACUUCACCUUGUCAGCAAAAGAGUUCAUUGCUGCUGCUGCUGCUGAGAAGAGAUAUGUCUUCAUUGUAGUGAAUCGUUUCGACAACAUCAAGGACAAGGAAAAGUGUAAGAAGAAGAUAUUGGAUCAGGUUAAGAGCUUGUCGCCUGAUUCAUAUAAGAGCGCCGAAGAUUUUGUGCAUUUUGUAAGUUCGUCAGAAAUAUUUAACGAUGGAGACGGACCUGGUGAUGAUGAUGACCCCAACGAAGACGAACGUGACUUCAACAAUCCUGACUUUGAUCAUCUAGAGGCGUCUUUAAGAAAGUUUAUAUUGGAUAAGAGAUCCAUUUCCAAGUUGUUACCUGCUAAAAGUUAUUUGCUCAAUCUUUUGAAUGAUUUGGAGACGUUAUCAAAGCUCAACGAGAAGGUGUAUCUCCAGGAAAUGGACGACAAGGUGAAGGACUUGAACAACCAAGUAGCCCCUAAAUACAACGAGAUAAUGACUAAGCAAGCUAAGAUUGGCGAUAUGAUCAACAGUUUGAUUGAACUUACCUGCAAUGAUAUCUACAACCUGUCCAAGAAAGAGAUCUUGAAUGUUGUGAAUCAGCUAGGAGAUCAGCAGGUUGUGCCUUAUCAGGGCUUACAAUAUUUGUUCGAAUAUGCCAGGGCCACUCAAGAAGUUAUGAUCAACCAGAUAUUGGCAAGUGUUCAGACUUGUGAAAACAAGGCUAAAGACAUUACUAGUGCCAAGGUUGAAGAAAUCAUCAAGUUUGGACAGAACACGUUAGGAGAAGAAUUCUUAAAUGAUAAAGUCUUCAGGUCAGACUUGAUGUUCACCAGAAAGCGUGAUUCUGUUGAAAGACAAUUGCACAAUCUGAUUGAGUUUAGCGAUUUCUUUGAUCCAUCAUGGGAAUCUUGUUUGGUAUGGUUAGGAAUACCAAAAGAAUAUGUGUCUGCUACCAGACAGCAGAUCGAUUACUUCAAUCCUGUAACGGCCUUGUCCAGCAUUCCAACAAACGUGGUUGCAUUGAGAGACCAAUUGCCUACUCAGAUAACCUUACAUACCCUUUACAAUUCAGGUAAGAUUUUGACUACGGGUGCUUUGAUCAGAAAGAUGUAUGACUUUUCAUCGUUGGUUACACCCUCCGUUGUGAAAAAGAUUGCUAUCCCUGUAGUCAUAGGUAUUUCUGGUUUUUCCAUAUACUACUUGAUCAGCGACAUGCCCAAUGCAUUCCCGCGUAAACAAGCAAGAAGAAUCAAGAAACAAAUAUUUGAGUUGGACUAUCCCCACCACAACUCAAACAGAGUAGCCAAUGAGUGCCGGUCAGUCUUGAGUUAUCCUUCAAGACAGGUUAUGAAUAACUUCCAGACUAGCUUGGAUAAGAGAGCCAUUGAGAAGGAGAACUUGGAAAAAGAGAUCAAGAACGCCGAAUUAAGUUCAGGCUACUUCCAUGCUCUUCUAGGCAAGAUUAGCUACCAACGUCAAUUGAUCAAUGACAUUGAUUUGGAAAGCGUCUACACUGUUGACUGA